AUGAUAACAAGGCAUUACGGUUGCGCGUAUCAUUUGAAACUACAAAAUGCAUGUGGGCGGUUGUUUGUCCCUAAUUACUAUUGUGGCUUCCAGUUCUACCUUUUUGUCGGCUGAAUAUCUUCAACCAAAAGAGCGAGAAAAAAAUCAUAUUUUGCCGCUCCUUGGAUUCUUGGAAGGAUACAAAAUCGGUCAAAAUUUAGCUCUGCAAUUGCCACCAUACGUGUUAUCACCAAUACUUUUAAUUCCAUCAUUAAGCCAGCAACAUCUCCAUGGAGGUGGCUCUGAUGACAAUUAUGAUGGAAAUGGGGAAACAGUUCAAAUAAUAUCUCCAGCUAAACUUGUUUCGGACGAUUCCAAUAAAACACAAAAUAACCUAAAUGAUGAAACGGCCGAAGAACUUGGUAACGAUUGUGAUCAAGAUAGCUCAGAGGAAGACACAUUUAAGCAAAAUACUGCUGAUAAUAAUACGACUAUUGAAAUAACUAAUGAAACUUUAACAACUUCAACCGAAAGUACAGACAGUACAUCAGAAACAGACAGUUUAGAUGUAAAUGGAACCACAACAGUUGAAGGGCCUUAUCCAACUGCAAUUUAUAAAAAUGAAGUUAAUACUAUAACAUUCACUGAAGCGCCAAUUGAUAAUAAUCUAUUGCUACCAUCCUUGGAUAACAACUGGCAAAAUUUCAGUUCAGAAAAUAGCACUAAUCAAAAUAAUAAUAUUGAAGAAAAUGUUGAAAGCAGAAGUGAUGAAUCGUGGUAUAACGCAGUUUUAUAUCCUACUCGACCAUCUUAUUAUAACAGUUAUAAACAAUACCCAUAUUCUUACAACAACAAUGUGGAGAAUUCCUAUAACUCAAACUUACAAUAUUCAAAGAUUGAUCCAUGGCAAACAUCAGGAAAGCAUCAACUAACUUCUCAAUUUCAACCUCUAGCAGGAUUGUAUUAUGAUGGGUACCUACAUCAACAACCAAUUAAAAAUACUGGUUUUGUUCCUUAUAACAAUAACUAUUACCAUUGGAAAUAAUGCUACAGAUUCCAUAAAGCAUAAGAAAAUAACGAACGAUGGCUCAUAUAUUCAUCAUGUUGGAAGGGAGAUAAGAGGCAUCCGUCUGUCAUUUACGACUUCAUGCUUUAAUAAUACAGGUUACACACGAUAUUGUACAAAUGUCGUAUAUCAUAAAUUUCAUUGCCAUCGACGCAUAAAUCUGAACAAUGGCAGUAAAUGUAACCGAUGUAACUUUACAGGGCUCUUCAAUCGCAAUUGUCAGAAUAUACUCGUAAAACAAGCGUCAGCUUUUGUGUUUCUGCUCGUGGGUGACAUUGUUAUGUGAAUCGUUAGCAAAUGAAUGUUAGUUUUAUUGUCAGAGAUGUAAUGUGAUAGCCGUUAGACUGAAACAUGAAUGUAUUGGAAAUAAAUCUAAUCAUUUAUACUUUGACUAACGGUUUAUGUUGUAACAAUUUCAUAGAUUUUCAUUUGAUUGUUAAUUAUAGUACAGUUUUCUUGUGUAUUUGUUCAGUUUUUUAACAAAGCUUUAAAUGAUUUCUUAACCUAUUUUUAAUAAAAUAUAAUAUUUAUAGAUUUA